AUGGCCUUUAUCCGCCCCUACAAGGCGUCCGACUUUGCCGCGACAGGCCACAUCUGCCGCGCGACGCUCCCGCCGUCCCUCGAGCGCUCCGAGGCGGCAACCAGAACGGCGCCCUACAUCUGGACGCACCAGUUCACGCUUCUGUCCCCGGAGACGUGCCACAUCCUCGACGACGGCCAGGGCACGGCGGUGGGCUACUGCAUCGGCUGCCCCAACGUCAACGACCUGGCCGACGCCUAUCCGCGCUACGUGGCCGAGGUGCUCGAGAUGUCGCCGGAGCUCGCGGGGCGGAAGCCCGAGAGCCUCGAGACCAAGGCGCCGUGGACCCUGCCCGGCACGGGCGAGGUCAACGAGGAGGCGCUGCUGCAGCAGGCCUUCAACCCGACGUGGCUGGUGCUCGACGAGGAGCGCAGAGACCUGUGGGGCGCGUGGAGGGCGACGAUGCACAUCGACCUGCUGGGGCCGUGGCAGGGCAAGGGGUGGGGGAGGAAGCUGGUCGAGAGAUUCGUCGAGAGCCUGAGGGAGGCGGACCGGCAGAAGGGCGACGGGGGCCGGGAGAGGCUGUACGGGAAGGGCGUGCACAUCGGCGUCGGGGGCGAGAACGACAAGGUGGUGCCGUUCUACGAGAAGCUGGGCUUCCGGGUGUAUCCGACGGAGGAGAAGGGCUCGAUCUGGAUGACGCGGGACGUCGAGUAG